UACUUUAAAAAAGAAAAUGAAAAGAAUUCGUCUGUAAACUUCUGUUUGCUUUCAGCAGAUGAGAUAUACCCUGCAACAAGACCUUUCCUGGUCAACUUACGCGCUCAAGCCCAACGUCGGUUCUUUGACCGCAUCUCUUCUGUAAACCAUUGUUAUCGUUAAGGGAUCUUAUAUGCUUUGAUCUGUUCAUUUGAAAAAAUGACUCAGCCGAGGACUUUUAGUCAAAAGGACUUCUCUUUGGGUUUUGGGAAGGGAGCUUUGGAUUGAAUGAUUGAUCGAGCUUAUUGGAGCUGUUCUCUUCUGCAUUUUCAGUUUGGAUUUUGAUUCAAAGUAGCUUUUACCAGAAACGGAUUGUUUCACAUUCGAUUCCCUGUUUCCUAGGAGUGUGGUUGACCACUUGAUUUGAUUUUUGGAUGAAAUUUAGUAGCGGAUCACUAAGAAUUUGGAAUUAAAAGUUUAUUGAAACAUCGUUAGGUUUUUUGGGCGGACAUAUACAGUACUUCGUUAGUUGACUAUCGCCACUGAGAGUUGAGCAAGAAGGUGUGUAUUGUUUGGGGGCUUUUAGGGCUUCAAAGAUUUACUGAGAUUGAUUUUACUGAUGAUCGAUGAAAAACACUGAGAGGGUUUUGAAUGCCAAGUCAGGAGCUAAUGUGUACUAAUAGAGCACUUUUAUUAGUUUUAUCUCUGGUUCUGCUUGUCAUUUCGAAGGGAACUUGCUAUGACAACAAAAGGAGACCAGAAGAGGAUAUAUUAUUCAGGCUAAUCAACUCCAGGGAUAUACUCCACGGUGGGGCUGAGCUAGUAUGGCUAAACUGUGGGACAGAACUGAUGCAUGCAAAGGAAGCAGUUGAAAACCAUGAUUUUUUCGUCCUAGAGGAAAAGUAUGGUGAGAGUAAUGAAAUCAGUUCGGGAAGUAAUUGGCAAUCACCCAAAAGUGAACUUGAAAGCAUUCUUCAUCCACUGGUGAAACAAACCCUUCUAGAUUGUUUAUGUAGAAAUGAUCUUGAAUUUCUCGUCUCUGGGGAGGAAAAGGGUCCGAAAAAUUGGUAUGUGCAGUGUUUGGCUUUUUUAUUCUCUUGGUUUGGUGAUACUCCCAGACGACGUGAACUAGUUCAGCACAAUGGGGAAGCACCUGCGCCAUCUCCGGUAGCGGCAUCACUUGGUGCAGCAGCAGUAGCAGUUUUAGUCUCUGACACCCCACCACCUGCUCAGCCUCCCGUACUGCCAUUCUUCCCGGUGGUUGUUAGUAACUCAAGCUUGCAACCUGAAGUUAGUGGGCCUUCUAAUUCAGAUGUUGUACCUUUAUCAAAAAAGGAAACUGUCAACCACAGAACAGUGGCAGUUGCUGUUUCUGUCACUGCCACAUUGACAUUUUUUGUAGUUUCCCUGCUGUUUAUAUGCUAUUUCAAGUGUUGCUGGAUUGGUCCCCGAAGGGGACCAAAUGAUGAAAGACCUCUCUUAUGCUUGAGCUUAAGUGACUACCCUAUCGGGAAUUCAUUGAUUGAUGAGAAAUCUAGUACCCGUUCGUCUAAACACCAUUCUAGUGGGAGUUUUUCCACUAGUCACCGCUUCACUGGGAAUUUCUACGUGGGGCCACAGUCGCCCAAUAUAUCUAAAACAGAGGUUCCUGUAGGAGCUGUCUCGAGUGCUGAUGUCGCCUCGGUCCAGGGCAUAGCUGGGCUACCUCCACUGAAGCCUCCCCCUGGUAGGGUAUAUCCCAAUGCCCCCCUACCUUAUGCUAACACAGACCCUCCAGCUUCCCCUGCUCUGGCUAACACAGAUGGUCUGGGUCCCACUCCUCAGGCUAAAGCACCUCCUCCACCUCCUCCUGCUCCACCUAAAGCAGCUACUUCGGCUCCCCCUCCACCUCCAUCUUUACCACUAAGGCCUUCUUCUGGAGGCUCACGUCCUUCUCCUCCUGGACCGCCACCACCUCCCAUUCCUGCUGGCAAGACUGGUCCACGUCCACCACCACCUCCAGCUCCUAUGAGCUCAAAGCCACCUCAGCAAUCACACAUUCGACACAAUCAUUCUUCAAUGGGUGCUAAUGAAGAGGAAGCAGCCGAUGGUCCAAAAACAAAGCUGAAGCCUUUUUUCUGGGACAAGGUCCUAGCCAACCCUGAUCACUCAAUGGUUUGGCAUCAGAUAAAAUCAGGAUCCUUCCAGUUUAGUGAAGAGAUGAUAGAGAGCUUGUUUGGUUAUGCACAUGCAGAUAAAAACAAGGAGACCAUGAAAGGCUCUCAUUCGCAAGACGCUUCUAACCAGUAUAUACAACUUAUUGAUCAAAAGAAGGCACAGAACUUAGCAAUUAUUCUUAAAGCUUUAAAUGUGACAAUAGAAGAAGUUUGUGAUGCUCUCAAAGAAGGAAAUGAGCUUCCACCAGAAUUGCUUCAAACUUUGCUGAAGAUGGCACCGACAUCUGAAGAAGAGCUGAAGCUGAGGGCCUAUAGUGGAGACCUUUCUCGACUUGGGCAUGCUGAGCGAUUUCUGAAAGUCUUAGUUGACAUUCCAUUUGCCUUCAAGAGGCUAGAAUCAUUAAUUUUCAUGUGCACUCUUCAAGAGGAGGUGUCAAUGAUUAAAGAAUCAUUUGCUACAUUGGAGGCUGCUUGCACUGAACUACGGAAGAGCCGGUUAUUUCUCAAACUACU